UUGGGAAGCGAUUGCUGAGAAGAGCAACCACUGUUUGCCAGGGUGAUCUCUGAGAGGCACAAUCAGCUGUAACUCAAAGAAAAGGUUUUAAGUCCCGGAGGAUACAAUGUUCGCUAAACUCUUCCAGCAGUGGAGGUUCGCAGUGUUCCUGCUGAGUUAUUCCGUGCCCUCCUACGGGAGAUCAGUAGAGGGGUUCAGCCGCAGACUCAAAAGAGCUGUAUCAGAGCACCAGCUACUGCAUGACAAGGGCAAGUCAAUCCAAGACUUACGAAGGAGAAUAUUCCUUCAAAAUUUAAUUGAAGGUGUCAACACUGCAGAGAUCCGUACAACAUCAGAGGUGUCACCUAACCCUAAACCUGCUACCAACACGAAGAACUACCCUGUCCGGUUUGGCAGUGAAGAUGAAGGCAGAUACCUAACUCAGGAGACAAACAAAUCACAGACCUACAAGGAGCAGCCCCUGAAGGUGUCAGGGAAGAAAAAGAAAGCAAAGCCUGGAAAACGUAAGGAACAAGAGAAAAAAAAGAGGCGAACCCGCUCAGCUUGGCUAAAUUCUGGCAUGUAUCGAGACGUCAUGACCGAGAGCCCACUUUUGGACAUCUCUGUUACUACACAUAAUCACACUUUAAGGAGGUGCUGACAUCUUCAGCAAGAGAUAUUUGGAGGACAUAUUGCAGUAUUCUGUAAUAGUGAAUAUAUGGGAAGUAUUAAAAUAUUUAUUACCUGUAAAUAUUGUAAAUGCUCAGAAUGAAACCUUUUUCCCCUCAUUGCUCUCUGAAACUGCACAUUUGGUUAUUGUGAAUUUUCCCUUUUUUUUUCUUUUUUUUUUUUUUUUGCUAAGGUUGAGACAAUUAUUGUCACAUUUACUAUAAUUUAUUUUGUUGACUGGUGUAUUUAUUUUGUGAACGUAUCUUGGUGCUGCUGACUUCCUAUAUUUUUUGUAAGAUAAUGCACUUUAGAUAUACAUAUUGAGUACAUUGAUAACUGACAUAAAAUGUUUCUGUUUUGUGGUUGAUUUCAAUGAAUGCCUAUAUAUGAUUGUUCAAACUGAUUU